AUGUACAUAGUUCACGUUCUUCUCAUUUACUUACCGAUUAUCUAUCUAUCUAUCUAUCUAUCUAUCUAUCUAUCUAUCUAUCUAUCUAUCUAUCUAUCUAUCUAUCUAUACACAUACACAAACACAUACGAUCGUUCAAUCAGAGAACCAGACAAGGUGAGGCAAACGAUUCAAUUACAAAAUACAUUAUUACAUUAUUUCUCAACCCUGAACAUGAUAAAAACUAAAGAAUUUUAUCUAUCUAUCUAUCUAUCUAUCUAUCUAUCUAUCUAUCUAUCUAUGUUUAUCUUCGCAGAUAAUCUCUCCAUCUCAUUUCAUUCAUUCAUUCAUUCAUUCAUUCAUAUCUAUCUAUCUAUCUAUCUAUCUAUCUAUCUAUCUAUCUAUCUAUCUAUCUAUCUAAUAAUGGGGCCAUCCUCUCUCUCUAUCUCGCUCUCUCCAUCUCGCUCUCUCUCCACCUCUCUCUCUCCAUCUUUCUCUCUCUCUCCAUCUCUCUGUCUCUCUCUCUCUCUCUCUCUCUCUCUCUAUCUCUCUCUAUAUAUUUCCAUAGACAUAGCCCACAGAAAUCUAUCUAUCUCAGUUGUGGUCAUUAUCUAUGUAUUUAUGUAUGUAUGUAUGUUCAUAUAUCUGUCUAUAUUUAUAUAUUCUGUCUCUGCUCAUCUAUCUCUCUCUCUCUCUCUCUCUCUCUCUCUUUCUCUGUUUCUGUUCACAUUCUUUUGUUCACAUCUAUUUCAGUGUUUUCCUAUCUAUCUAUCUAUCUAUCUAUCUAUCUAUCUAUCUAUCUAUCUCACAUACCUGCAAUAA